AUGCCUGACCAGACCAGUUUGCAGACGUCACACGUAGCAGCUGGCAACCCAGCGUCUUCGUCUUCGUCUUCGUCUUCUUUCCCUGUAGACCAUUGUCGCUCUGGACCUUUACGGCCACGACGACAGACCGAAUCUGCCGUGCAGCACAUCGUCCAUGCACAACAUCUGGCUGCUCCAUCAUCCGGGGAGACCAUCCAGGGCGAUAAUUCCUCACGACGACCCGGCACGGCUCAUCAACAGCCUCUCUCGCAUCGUGUGGUCAUGUUUGUUGCCGAUCCCCGUGACCAGGGCAGAGCAGGCGCGCUAGCAUCCGCCGGCAACUCGUCCGCUGCGCCCGUCGCCUCAUGUCCAUCUCCAUCCUCUUCGGCUGCACAUCCCACCUUGUCGCUAUCUCCUCGUGUGCCUCAAAGUCGAUUCAGUUUCGAAUACCAGUCUCCUCUCCGCAAAAGAGCCCUGACCUCGUACAGCGGCAGCGCCGUCCCCGCAGUCAACGCCUUUCCGUCCCCGAACCGGGAUCCCGCGCCAACGCCAACGCCAAUCCAGACCCCAACCCCCCAGCGCACUCCGUUGUACGACCGACACCGGCGAUCAGUUCCCAGCUUCAAUUUGCCCCUGUCACAUCUUCGCGCUCCCACAGUCUCCGCCUCGCAGCCUUCAUCGCCCCGGUUGGCCCUGGAAGAGGAGAGCGACUCCGCGCUACCCCUGGAUGCUACCGGCUCGACGGUUCGAGUGCUGAGUCCCAAUGCGACGAAGCGUCGGAAACAGUCCUUUCAUGCUCACCAGACGCCUCCGGAUGUGAAGAGAAGAAUGCCGUCAUCCACCGUCUCCUACAGUCAGGGGACAGCGCCGAUGGACGAGCGGAACCGUGCUGUGAAUGGUUUCGAUAAAGGUUCGGAGGACGGUGCUCGGACUCCCAUUGCGGAUGAUUCUCGAUUGAAAAAUGACGACCUCUUCUUGAAUAUCGCUAGGUCAGACUCCAGUCGUCGGGAGUCCCUAGGACGGUCGGACCUCAGACGAUCACGGUUUAGGAUGUCGGGGAGUGGCCUUCGCUCUCCAGCCUCCCGUACGUACGAGCAAACCCCGUCCCCCGAUCAACUAAGGUCGAAUACCUACGAUAGCCCCUUGCAUUCCAACAAUGGCUCCCCUUCCAAUGUUCACAGCUCUGGAGCGUACUCCUAUUCAGUUUCUGCCCACCCGCUAGAAGAUCAUUCCCGAUCCCAUCAUUCGAGCUACGCCCCCAGCUCGAGGAGCACAAUCGGCCUUCAGCGCAGCCGACAAAGCAAUGCGGGCCCCGACUCGUCGCCUCAUCAUGCAGAGUCCAAUAUAGAACGUCGAGCAUCUUUACAAGACCCUCGACUCUUUCGCCAUUCGACGCUGUCGACGAUUCGAAGCAGCCGACAAGUUUCCACAUCCGAAGCCACAGAACGUGCGCGUGUCGAGCCCGAUCGAUCUCGACUGGAUGGAACGGAGUCAACCUUAUCUACCACGGCCCCAUCUACCGUCUGGGAUGAACUAGAGGAUCUUAAGUCGCGAAUCCGCAAAUUAGAGUUGACCGGGAAACUACCGCCCUCUUCCCAAGAGGCUAUCUCGGCUUCCGAGCGGCCACGAACUGCAACAACUACUGUAACUACUGUCUCAUCUUCACCGAAACAUGGGCGCAGAACAAGCAAUCCAUCCGCCGAUGCUGACACCAUCACGGUCAACCCCGUGCACCCAAUUCUACAAUCGGCAAUGGCGAAGGCUAAGAAUGUGUUGAGCAACGGCGUGUACAGUACUUUGGAAGCCACCGUAAUAGACGCACUCACGUUGUCGAACCUCCUGGGCUCCAGUAAAGCACCAUCUAGUGGUGCUUCUGGCAUAAAUGGAUACAGUUCGUCUGAGAGACAGUCCAGGCGGAAGGCAGACAGCGUUUGUCGGAGCUUGACUGAACUUUGUCUGGCAUUGUCGGAUGAGCAAAUACGUAAACAGCAUGCCUGCGCAGAGGCGGGAGCACAGCAGUGCAACGGCACUAAUGAAGGGACAUCCACGCCUAUGCUGACGCACCAGCAAACCAACCAAGACCCUGAAGGGAUAUCCCGACGGCGAAGCACUCGUGUCGCGAGCAGACUUGAGGCACGCCGGGCGAGUUUGGUCAACCCCAGUGCUAGUCCGUCCGCGGAAAAUAGUAGCAAUACCAACCGGAGUAGUGACUCGACACUUGAGUCCCAACAGACGCAGUCACUCAAAACCUCCGUUCCAAUGAGUCGACUCAAUCGACUUUCAACUUCGUUACGGAUGAAGAGACUCCAAACAGAAGAUGAGACUGCGGCGAGUGCAAGCCCUCACAGUCGGUCGAUUUCAAGGAGUAUGACGGAAAGCGAGACUCCUGCGUCCUCGCAUCGCUCACCACGGAUGUCGUAUGGGUACACAACGUCUCAGUCAGCCUCGGAAUCCCAAGAGGUUCAGACCCCAAGAUUUUCAUCUCAAACCCAACAGUCACAGCUGCCUCAGCCUCGCACGCCGACUGUUUCACAGUCUGGCAUUCCACUUCGCCGAAGUCUCAUAACUCCGACCAGCUAUACUCCCGCAACACCUCGAACAAACAUCCAAGCGGGCUCUCGGCGGUACGGUCUAUCUACUGCCACGAUCAAUGGAGCGAACGAAAAUGUGUCCUUCGCGCAACAGGAGCCUUCUCAGACCCGUAUCCAUGCCCCCUCCAGCAAACUAGCCACAAGUUACACUACUAUUUCGCAAAACCGUCUCCGAGCCAACAGCCUAGGAACUCGCAGAUUCGGCCUGAGACACCGACCAGUGGCUGGCGUUGACGGCGUUGUAAAUCUAGAUGACAGCAUUGAUUGA